AUGUCGUUGGUCAAGCUUGCGAAUACGUGUGCUCAUUUACAGAACUGCUCGAAAGUUAGAGUGGCCUUAACAUCAAUUCCAUAUACAAAGUUGCAGCUACAGUUUGCGUACAACCUGUACCAACAGGGGUUCUUAUCGUCUUUACAGAAGGGGUCGACGAUGGGACCAGACAAGGAUUUUGUUGAAGUAACACCUGACAAUAUCUCUACUAGAAGGCUUUGGGUGGGAUUGAAGUACAGAGACAACAAACCUGUGCUCAGCAGCUGCAGGUUAAUUUCCAAACCAAAUUCAAGAAUACACUUACCAAUGGAAGAAAUGAAAAAACUAUGCUCUGGCGUAACUAUUAGAAACAUCAAACCUUUACAACCAGGGGAAUUGAUUCUUGUUCGAGCUCAGAACAGUAUUAUGGACAUUAACGAAGCCAUAUCCAAGAAGUUGGACGGAGAAGUACUAUGCAGAGUAAAAUGA